GUCGAGUACACACUACCCAAGCUCCAAACCCCAAACCUCUUCUUCAUCGCCCAAAUCGCCGCCACCGCUUCUGGAUUCGGCAAGGAGAGGAUACCAUGAACUUUAGGAAAGUGAAGGUCCCUAACGUUCCCGGAGCAGGGGCAUACGGGACUCUAGUGAAGAUCGCUGUCAUCGGCACUACCGUCGUCUAUGCUGCUGUAAAUAGCCUCUAUAAUGUCGAGGGCGGUCACCGGGCGAUCGUCUUCAAUCGCAUCCAAGGCAUCAAGGAUAAGGUCUACCCUGAAGGAACACAUUUGAUGAUUCCAUGGUUUGAAAGGCCUAUCAUCUACGAUGUUCGUGCUCGUCCUAAUCUAGUAGAGAGUACUUCUGGAAGUCGAGACCUUCAAAUGGUUAAAAUUGGCCUGAGGGUUCUUACUAGACCUCUACCUGACCAGCUUCCGACCAUCUACCGAACUCUUGGAGAGAACUUCAACGAAAGGGUCCUUCCUUCAAUUAUUCAUGAAACACUGAAGGCUGUGGUUGCACAAUACAAUGCUAGCCAACUGAUCACACAAAGAGAGGCUGUCAGUCGAGAAAUACGAAAGAUUUUGACUGAAAGGGCCAGAAACUUCAACAUUGCUUUGGAUGAUGUGUCAAUCACGAGCUUGAGCUUUGGCAAGGAAUUCACUAGUGCAAUUGAAGCUAAGCAAGUUGCUGCGCAGGAAGCAGAGCGAGCAAAAUUUAUCGUUGAAAAGGCUGAGCAAGAUAAAAAAAGUGCUAUUAUCAGAGCCCAGGGUGAGGCUACGAGUGCCCAGCUUAUUGGCCAAGCGAUUGCAAACAAUCCUGCAUUUCUUGCUCUAAGACAGAUCGAGGCUGCACGGGAAAUAGCUCACACAAUUUCAAAUUCAGCAAACCGAGUCUUCUUGCAAUCAGACGAAUUGCUGCUAAACCUUCAUGAUCUGAACUUUGAAGGUUCAGACAAGACGAAGAAGUAAAAUGUGAUUUUCUGGAUUUAGUCCAUCUUGAACUAUAGGCGGUUGUCUCUUGAAGUGAUCAAUUUGCUUUUUCAUAAUUCUCAAAAUUUGGCAUUCUCGUUUGAUGAGGAUUCCAAUUUUUUAACUUUGAGAAAUAUUCAGUUUGUAUCAGGUUGGGGUCCAUAGAUCCUCUCAUAUAUCCUCUAGAACUUAUGCAAGACGUUUAAUGAUGCACUUUUAGUUUGACUAUGCUUCUUCCUCUGAGAUGUAAGUUUGAUUAGUUAUCAAUGGUGAUUGAAUCAGCUUAGCUGUACCUUUUGUAUUCGUUCUA